CCUCCCCUCGGAUCCCGUCCCAAGCGGUCAACAUGGACGGCGUUCGCCUUUCAAGAGAAUUUUGAAAUCACCUUUUGGACACGUCAUAGCCUCCCCGUUGGUGAGCAACGCUGUGCUGACUUUCAGGAAUUUGUGAGGGUCGCCGAAGGAGCGAAGGAGGAACUGCACGAGGACAAAGAGAGCUGCCUAGCGAUGCUGGUGGAGUCGCACAACCAGGGCCAGGACCGCUGCGUCCUCACCUGCACUGAGUGCAAGCAGCGGGUGGAGACAGGCUGGCACUGCCCCGGGUGCGAGGACUACGACCUUUGCAUCCACUGCUACAACACCAAGGGCCACACCCACAAGAUGUUGAAGGUGGGGCUGGGCCUGGAUGAGGGCGGCAACCAGGGGGAGAUGCAGUUCAGGAGCAUCCAGGAGGCUCGGCGCCUGAGCAUCCUGCGCUGCAUCCAGACCCUGAGGCAUACCCGCCAGUGCCUCGACGCCAACUGCUCUCGGGCCAACUGCCAGAAGAUGAAAGAUGUUGUGCUGCACACCACGCGCUGCCAGCGUAAGGCCAGUGGAGGCUGCCCAGUGUGCAAGCAGCUAAUCGCCCUUUGCUGCCACCAUGCCAAACACUGCCAAGGAAACCCGUGCCCCGUUCCCUUCUGCCUCGACAUCAAACAGAGGCUCCGCGAGCAGCGCCUCCGGCUCCGCCAGCAGCGCCUCUGGCUCCGCCAGCAGCGGAUUGGGAACCGCCUGCAGCAGGGGUAGCUCGUGCGCCAGCGGACCACCAGCAACACCCGUAACGUGCCUCAGCAUCUGCCAUCCCCUCCUUGAGCACCACCCUGGACACCCCCACAGCAGCCCAACACACCCCAGACACCACAGCCUCCGACUCGGUCCCAGCCCCGGCCUGUAAGCAUGUCACUAGCCGGCUUCUUCAGCUCGGCCAGAACUUCGCCCCCAUCAGUGUCCACGGGGAAGCCCACUAACCUUCAGAUCCAGCCCAGCCUGCAGCCCAGCCUGCAGCACCUGAACGUCAUGCAAGCCAGCGGGCCCCGACCUGCUGUCCCUCUGCAGCAGCAACAAUGGGAGGCCUGAACCCCCAGGGCCAGGCCUUGAACAUCAUGAACCCGGGGCGCAACCCCAGCGUGGCGAGAAUGAACCACAGCACAGAGAGAUGCCGCAGAGCAGCAGCAGCAGCAGCAGCAGCAGCAGGAAGGCAGCGCUGGCAUGGCUGCAGGCCUGGCAGGACACGCCCAGUUCCAGCAGCCUCAGGGACGCUUGUGCCCCCCGCAGCCAUGCAGCAGCAGCAGAUCCAGCAGCACAUUGGGUCCCAGGCCAGCCAAACCCUGUUAGGACCUAACAGUUAGGCAUAGUCUGUACCUUUCCCUUGCCCUCAGUUUCUCCCCUGUGCUCAGUACUUUCUAUUGUCCCCACUGGAGGCUCCUGUCCUCUCUGCUGUUUUCCUGUUAUUCUCAUUUCAGGUGUCACAGGAGACAACUAAGCAGCUGAGAAAAGCAGCUCUAGACCCAGCUUCCUGCAACCGCCUGCACCUCCAUCCGACCCACCCAGAGACAUAAAUAUCCCGCCCUCCCUACUCUUGCUUGCUGAAAUGGAUAUGCUGGUGUGUAUUAAUAAUA